AUGCGUUAUCAAUUACCAACUCGUCUACAAGCUGCUAUUCUCGAUUGGGCUGGUACUGUGGUCGAUUUUGGUAGUUUUGCACCAACACGCAUAUUUGUUGAAGCCUUUGCUAGUGUCGGUAUUGAAGUUAGUCUAGAAGAAGCACGUGGACCUAUGGGUAUUGGUAAACGAGAUCAUAUUCGAACACUGUGUAAUCAACCAGCUAUUACUGAACGUUUUCAACAUCGAUUCGGACGUCCAUCAAAUGAUACCGAUGUAAACGAGAUCUAUAAACGAUUUAUGCCAUUACAAAUAGCUAAAGUGGGAGAAUAUUCGACAUUGAUUCCUGGUGCAUUGAACACUAUUACUGAACUACGACAAGCUGGUCUUAAAAUUGGUUCUACAUCUGGUUACCCCAAGGAAGUAAUGGAAAAAUUAGCAUCACAAGCUGCUGCUGCUGGGUUUUCACCAGAUUGUAUAGUGGCGUCAGAUGAAGUACCAAAAGGUCGUCCUAGUCCAGCACAAGCAUUAGCUAAUGUAAUUGCUCUUGGACUCGAUGAUGUGGCUGCUUGUGUCAAAGUAGAUGAUACUCCACCAGGUAUUCUCGAAGGUCGUAGUGCAGGUAUGUGGACAGUAGCAUUACGUUUCUCCGGAAAUUUUCUUGGUCUAACCUGGAAUGAAUAUUCUGCUCUUUCAUCUGAUCGAUUAAGUUCUGAACGUGAACGUAUUGAUAAAUUAUUUGUUCCAAGUAAUCCACAUUAUAUAAUUGAUACUAUUGCCGAAUUACCUCCGAUAAUUACUGAUAUUAAUGAACGUCUAACGCGUGGUGAAAGUCCUGCUCAACAUUGA